CACGACUCCAAAAUGACAGGAAACUAUUAAACAGGCUGAGGCAGUGCUCUCUCACAGAGAAAAUGUGUGCUGCUCUAGCAUCAGCGGUCAGCUUAACCUCCUGGAGUUGUGACAAUAACCUUCGUGAUGCAAGAGUUCAGUAUAUCUCAGACCUCAUCAUUGAUCCCCACUGCAAACUGGACAAACUGGUACUGGAGCGCUGUUCCCUCACAGAGAGGAGCUGUGCUGCUAUAGCAUCAGCAGCCAGCACAAGUCCUUGCAGUUUGAAGUAUCUGAGCCUGAGUGAGAAUAACAUCAGUGAUGCAGGAGUUCAGCAUUUGUCAGACCUCCUCAACAGUCACCACUGCAAACUGAAGACUCUCAUGUUUUGGCAUUGUUUCCCCACAGAGAAGAGCUGUGCUGCUUUAAUAUCAGCUGGAAGGUUCGCCCCUUGCAGUUUGAAGGAACCGGACCCGAGUCAUAAUGAGCUUCAUGAUGCAGGAAUUCAGUGUCUCUUAGACCUCCUCAAGAAUCACUACUGCAAACUGAAGAGACUAGUACUUGGGGCUUCUCCCGUUACAGAUAACAGCUGUCGUGCUUUCCCAUCAGUUACCAACUCAAUCUCAUGUAGUUUAAAGGAACUGAUCCGGCGUAAGAAUGAUGUUCUUGAUGCAGGAGUUCAGCAUCUCUCUGACUUCCUCAGGAAUCCUCACUGCAAACAGGACAAACGAGUGUUGUGCCGUUGUUCCCUGGCAGAGAAGAGCUGUGUAGCUUCAGCGUCAGCUGCUAGCUCAACAUCCUGCAGUUUGAAGAAGUUGAACCCAAGGCACAAUAAGCUUCAUGCUGCACGAGUUCAACACCUCUCAGACCUCCUCAAAAAUCCCAACUGCAGUCUGAAGAAAUUAUUGCAGAGAUGGAGCUGCCGGUCCUGUGCCCACAUCACAGACCAUGCACACUGGACUCUGAUCACCCCUUCCAUCUCCAUGGAGAACGGUGUGUGUGUGUACAACAUGAGCUCCCCUGCAGGAAGCUUUGAAUGCUCAGAGUCUGGUCUGCGUUGGGUGUGUGCCAGUCCAGUUGUGAUCCAGUACCACUUCAGCAAGGAAGAGCUGUUCUGGGCUCAGCUGCAGAUGUUACGGUACCAGCCCGCCGGUCCUCUGAUGGACAUCAAGCUUCUGUCAGGCGAAGUGGAAGAGGUCCAUCUGCCCCACUCCCUCUGCCUGGGUGGUUCUGACCAAGCUGUGGUGGGAGGUGCAGUCAGGUUCCUGCACAGCGAUGACAGUGACAGUGGCGUUUCCCUGGAGACGUGUGAGCUGAGUCGUUUCCACGGCAAGCUCCCGGGGCAACGGUUCUCCCUCUGGCAGCUGGCGGUGAGUCUGGGCAUCCCAGUAAAAACCCACUGCGAGGUCCUGAUCUACCAGUCUUGCCCUCGACCCCUGGUCCUCAACGCCUUCCUGGUGCCCACGCCCUCCACAGCCAGGCAGGUGGUGGAGGAGAGGAUGAAGAGCCGGGGUGCCCUCAGCAUCUUCAAGCCACCCCCUGAUGACUCCCUCAGGAUCAACUCCAGAUUCCAGCUCUGCACCUCCUGCUCCUCGGUGAUCACUCCCUCGGCGAUGACCCUCAGCUACAACACCUCCCCAACCUUCUUCGAGGUGUGUCUGGAGAACCCACCAAGAAACUUCAACAUGGAGCUUAGAACCAGUGAAGGGAACCAGUCUGUUUGGACAGCUGUCAUGUGGCAGGGAGCUGACUACCUCCGAACUCCAAACCACCUGACGGAGCCUUCUGACCUUCCACCUUCUGACACACACACAGGUCGGAGCAGGAAUCAGAAUAUGGCUUCUACAAUAGAUCUUCACCAAUUCCAGAGAGACAUAAACAUUGCAACAAAUACUCAAGAGGCAGCAGCAUUUGUGGACAGGCACAGAGCUGAGCUCAUUGGCAGGGUGUAUAAUGUGAUGCCCAUCGCAGAUGCGCUGCUCUCCAAGGGACUGGUCCAUCCUCAGAAGUAUUCAGAGAUCAGAGCAGCUGCCACCAGUGAGGCAGUGAUGCGAGAGAUCUAUGAGUGUCUGCGUUCAGCUGGAGCUGAGGGGAAAGCAGCAUUCUAUGGAGUUCUACUGCAGGUGGAGCCACACCUGCUCAAAGACCUGAGUACACCAGCAUUAUAGAUUAAACCUGUAUAUGACCUGGCUACUGGAGAAAGACCUGACUGCACCUUGAGGGAACGGAAAGGAACAUCACAACUCUCAAGUUUUUACUGUGAGGACAUCAAUGAGCACAAAAAAAGGCAAUGAAUGAUUGCCAGUUUCAAAUUAACUCUGCCUUUUAAAGGUUCCCUCUUGAGGGCAUUUUUUAAGCAGCACUAAAAAGAUUUUCUCUCUGUAUCAUUUAUUUUUCAUCAAAUUACUCCUAAAAAACAAAUCUGAACUCUGGUAUCUCUUGAAUAAGUAAUUUACUUGCUAAUCUUUAAUUUCACAUUUAGUCAUAUGACAGCAGGGUUGUGUUGUUAUUCAUAUGUUUUGUGUAGUGUCCUGUCCUCUUCUAGCCUUCUUUGUCUUUAUUGACCAACUUACAAUGCCUUUGCAAUACCUUUGCCUUUGCUAAUCUGCAAUACUAAGGAAUAUACUGUAUACAGUAUUUUCAUAUGAGAAAUUAUUUCGAAUUUUUAUUUUAUAC